AAUGCCGUCCCAGCAGGACCAGCAGCAGCGUCGAAAAUUUGCAGCUGCCAUCUUGGCAUUCAUUUUCAUCUUGGCAGCUGUGGACAAUGUGGAAGCAGGGAAGAAAGAGAAGCCAGAAAAAAAAGUGAAGAAGUCUGACUGUGGGGAGUGGCAGUGGAGCGUGUGUGUGCCCACCAGCGGGGACUGUGGACUGGGCACCAGGGAGGGCACCCGGACUGGUGCCGAGUGCAAGCAAACCAUGAAGACUCAGCGCUGCAAGAUCCCUUGCAACUGGAAAAAGCAAUUUGGAGCGGAGUGCAAAUACCAGUUCCAGGCCUGGGGAGAAUGUGACCUAAACACAGCCCUGAAGACCAGAACCGGCAGCCUGAAGCGAGCCCUGCACAAUGCUGACUGCCAGAAGAUCGUCACCAUCUCCAAGCCUUGUGGGAAACUGACCAAGCCCAAACCUCAAGCAGAAUCCAAGAAGAAGAAAAAGGAAGGCAAGAAACAGGAGAAGAUGCUGGAUUAAAAGGCUCCCCCCUCUCGGGAACAUGAAGAAAGUGUCAGCAAACAGGAUCACUUAACGAUUGCAUUUAUACCUACUAUAGGCUUUUUGUUCCACAAUUAUCUGUAGCUUAAGUACAUAAUAGGCA